AUAUAAUGCUCCGAGAUAGCAUCCUUCGUGCCCGACUUGCUGAUCUGCAGCUCGACGCACAGUACAUACGCGAUUAUCAGCCUUGCGGCCAAAUCCUCCGGUCAGCCGCUAUUGUAACCGCUACGCCGUUGAUUCUACGCAGCUUUUGUCUUAAAUCCUAAUUUCCCAUGCGUUAUCGCGAUAUCGUUCACCUCUACCUCUCAACAUCCUCUGCUACACACAAUCUACCCCCAGGACAUGUUCCUAACAGCUGACUUCGAGGCACAAUGCCAUUCUACCGAGAUGACCAUGGCGAUGGUACUAUACAAGUCGGUGCUCUCAAGGGCUCGACCGGGGCAGACUUGUACAAGUUCAGCAUGCCCUUUAUGGUCUUGACGACCCUGUCUCUUGCCUUGCGCAUCUACGUCCGUGGAUACAUGACGAAGACCUUCGGUCUUGAAGAUUGGCUCAUUAUCCCUGCAUACAUUCUGUUCAUGGUACUAUGCAUAUGUGUAAUUGUCGUGGGACAAUGGCUUCUGCGCGAGGAUGCCAUGGAACGCUAUCCUAGGAUCAUCAAGCUUACUAUAGGCACCAGCGUCCUCUUUAUCUUAGAUCAGAUCUUCAUCAAGUUGUCUGUGGCCGCAUACUUCUAUCGCUUCUGCGAGCGUUGGCAGCGUUAUGUCAUCGUUGGCACUGUCUCGAUCUUUACGCUGUACAACCUGGCCUUUCUCUUUGUCAGCGUCUUCCAAUGCGGCGUACCCACGGUCCUGAAUCUGGUCCGACCAAACAUCGAUGGACAUUGCAUCAACUGGAGUCACAUCGUCAAACCUCUACUCUAUGUCGGAGUCUCGCUGAACGCUGUCUGCGACUGGGUCUUUGUCUUGGCGUGUCUGCCAGUACUCGCGAAACUGCGACGUAUGCCGACUGGUGAGAUGGUAUGCGUCUGCUUCCUAAUAUUUCUAGCUACCGGGGCCAGCGUGCUCUCGCUGGUGCGGAUUCGAUACAUCCCUGGAGGCGGCACAGACGUCCUACUUCUCAAGCACAACCAAGACUUCGCCGUGUUAUCAUUCACAGAAGCGGGAACGGCUAUUGUCACAGUAUGCAUGGCAACCCUGCAUCCACUGUUCAAAGCCUUUAUCCGAAAGAGAGGAAGCUCCAGAUGCCCGGCUUCUAGCAGCCCUAGGAAGCCCGACUCCUCCGAGCCUGCUCCAGAAGUAUGUACAUCUGAAAAGCGUCCAACCGAUCCUAGCUCGGAAGAGUUGUCUACAGAGCACUCGAAUCUCGGCCGUAUAGGAAUACUACCCACAAUAUACGACACGGAAUUGGGCACGAUGGCCGAGCACAACUCGCCGAGACUUGGCUAUACAAACGACUGGACAUGAGCACGACAGCCACGCCAGUUCGACCAACGCGGUCUAAGCACCAAGAAUAAGCUGGAAGGGG